GCGGUGCUUUCACACCUGUUGCUCUCUGAUAUUUUACUUAACCUGCUCCGGAGCAGGUAGAUCUACUGCACAGGUUAUCAUAGCGAUUUAUGUCGGUAAUAAGUGAGCCACCUUCAUAGUAGGCCACGGAAGUCACCCGGAUAAACCCAGACCUUGCUUCGUAGGAGUAGAUCUUUGACGUCGUUAUGGCAUCCGCUAGACGGAGAAACAAUGAGACCUCGUUAGACGAAAGUCAGUCAUCGAACAAGAUGCCGCGGAAUGACAAGAGUCACAUAGCAGCUUUAAUUUUAGCUCGAGGUGGGAGCAAAGGGAUCCCGCUGAAAAACAUCAAGAUGCUGGCCGGGGUCCCGCUCAUCGGGUGGGUGCUGAGGGCCGCCGUGGACUCGGGAAUGUUUGACAGCUGCCUAAAGGAAACUGGUGAGCAAACAGUGCCAUUCAAUCUGGAGCCAGCCAAACGGCCGCGGCGUCAGGACUGGCCAGGGGAGCUGUGUGAGAAUGGCUCAUUUUACUUCGCCAAAAAAGAGAUCAUUGAAAAGGAAGGACACUUGCAGGGCGGUAAGUUAACCUACUAUGAGAUGCUGCCGGAGUACAGCGUAGAUAUAGACGUGGACAUCGACUGGCCUGUGGCAGAACAGAGGGUUCUCAGGUACGGUUACUUCGGUAAGGACACACCAGAGGUGGUCCGCCUAAUGUUCUGCAACAUUUCCGGCUGUUUAACUGAUGGAAAGAUCUUUAUGUCUGUGUCGGGAGAGGCAAUGGUGUCUGUCAACACCAGAGACACAACUGGGCUUCGGAUGCUGCAGGAAGAACAAGUUGAGGUCAUACUGUUGACCACAGAGAAAGACCCCAUUGACCCAGCUUUGCUUCAAAAACUUGAAGAUAGGAUAAAGUGCAAGGUCGAGAAGGUGGGAAAGGAGCCGCUGAAUGAUUUGAAGUCAAUUGUUGAGAAGAAGAAGCUGGAAUGGAAGGAUGUGGCGUUCAUGGGUUUUGAUCAAGCAGAUGUGAAAUGCCUGAACCUGGCAGGGCUGAGUGCAGUACCCGGCGAUGCUCCAGCUGUGGCUAAAAAGGCUGCAAAAUACAUCUGCCAUUGUGCUGGGGGAUCGGGAGCCGUGAGGGAUUUCACCGAGCACAUUCGGCUGCAGAAGCAAAUGGCAAAAUCUCAGAGGGAGCAGGACCGCAUCGACCGCCACAACUUCUAAUCUUAAAAGAAGUCUACAUGGAAAAGGUUGAGAGUAAUAAAACAAAAUGAUGCACAUGCAUGUUAGAAGUAUUGAGGCCAGAUUUACAGUAGCCCACCCUCUUUCAAUCUAAGGUUUUAUAUAUCAGGACAUCAAAAAAGUCAUGUGGUCCGUACAUAAACACAAAACACAUUAUAAAACACUUUUGUUUAAAAAAAAAAAAAAAAAAACUGUUCCAAGGUCCAAACAACAAACUUGUUGCACCAAAAAUGUCUUUUUUUUUCACUAUGGCUAAGCAAUGUACUUGACCUCUUAGGUUCUCAAAAUUGUCUUCAUUUUUAACACUAAUAGAAGUUUGUUUUUGUUUUGUUUUUCCGGUUGAUUUGAUAAACCUGGUCAAAAAUAUUCCCUGGCAUUCAUGUCCCACUUGGCAGUAGCUGGGUUAAAGCAAAGAAACUUGCACCCGGACCUCAUGCAGUGAAGGUUUUUGUCCCCCUUCCCCACACACGCACACACACACUAUGAAUAGGAUUCUUGCACAUGGAAUAAAAGAAGAAAUUUUGACAACGCUUUGAAUUUCAUACUUUAAAUCAGAUGUUAAUUUAGGUUAGGGUUGAAUUCCAUCACACAAAGUAAAGCACCAAAUGUAAACAUAACGCGUUAAGCUAGCACUAGCAAGGCUGCACUGAACUGUCACAUUUACUACAAGGACACUGGAGGACUGUACUAGAAAGCAAUGUUUGGGGUCAACUCUGAAGCUACCGUGUAAGAUUUCUCUGUAAUCACAAAUCUACUGAUGGCUUCACUGUUAUGUUUUUCUUUUUCGAAACUGGCAGAUAGUGUCUCCAAGUCCUGGGAAGAAGUCAUGCAAAAAUCCAAAUAAUUACAAGGUCGAUGUGAAAAAGAAAUGAAGUCCUCUAUCACCUCUCCACUCAAAACAUGUCACAGUUAUCAUGCAUCUGUUGUUUAUGCCGCUGAUAUCCUCUGCUGCCCUGCUUCAAACAUAAGGGCAAUGCCUUAAAUAAAACUGAAGUUUGAUGGUUUCUUAGUAAGGUUUGGAGGUGAAGCUAGCUGGAUUCUGUCACUUUCCUCUUUUUGCAGGCUUUAUGCUUAGCUAGGUUUCUCCUCACUGUAGUAUACUCUAGCUUAUUCUGGAAUAGGGUAAGAAAGCAAACGUAUUCUUUAAAAAUAAGAAUUUAACAGUGUUUGUGAGGGGGAGGGGGAGGUGGGGUAAGGUGUAUGUGUAAAGGUGUAUUCUUUCCAUUUUUAAUUCUGUUAUUCAAAGAUUUUGCAUUGCUUUUCUCCUGUGCUUGUUUUGGUUAAAUGUCUUUUAAAUCAUUCUCUGGUUUUA